AAGUUAAAAAUCAUACGGCGUUUAUUCCAAUUUCCAGGAUGAUGAGAGUCAUCUCUGAUUCUUCUCUUCCCACCGAUUUUAAUAGCUUAAGUUAGAAGCUAAAAUCAUCAUUUUUAUCCUUCCUUUCUUCUUCUACAGAAGCCCGAGCUGAAUUUCCUAAUUUGUUCGGCUAUAUUUGGAGAUGACGACCAUGGAAAGCUUGAUAGGUUUGGUGAAUCGUGUUCAGAGAGCUUGUACUGCUCUCGGCGAUUACGGCGGCGACGGCGACGGCACCGCCUUCUCCUCUCUGUGGGAUGAACUUCCCGCCGUCGCUGUGGUCGGUGGCCAGAGUUCUGGUAAAUCUUCUGUGCUGGAAAGCAUAGUUGGAAGGGAUUUUCUUCCCCGAGGAUCCGGGAUUGUUACGAGGCGGCCGCUGGUGUUGCAGUUGCACAAGACCAAAGAUGGGCUGGAGGAGUAUGCGGAGUUUGCUCAUUUGCCAAGAAGACAGUUCACUGAUUUUGCUUUAGUCCGUAAGGAGAUUGAGGAUGAGACCGAUAGACUUACGGGGAAAACAAAACAGAUUUCUGCCGUUCCCAUUCACCUCAGCAUCUAUUCACCCAAUGUGGUAAACUUAACCCUCAUUGAUUUGCCCGGUUUGACAAAGGUUGCUGUUGAAGGACAGCCAGAAAGUAUAGUCCAAGAAAUUGAAAACAUGGUCCGAACCUAUGUCCAGAAGCCAAACUGCAUUAUACUCGCAAUAACUCCAGCCAAUCAGGAUAUUGCCACCUCAGAUGCAAUUAAACUUUCAAGAGAAGUCGAUCCAUCCGGGGAAAGAACAUUUGGAGUGCUUACGAAACUUGAUCUGAUGGAUAAAGGGACUAACGCUUUGGAUGUUCUUGAAGGAAGAGCUUAUCGCUUGCGAUAUCCUUGGGUGGGUGUUGUGAACCGCUCCCAAGCUGAUAUAAACAGAAAGGUAGACAUGAUUUCUGCCAGGACAAAGGAACGUGAAUAUUUUGCUACAAGCCUGGACUAUGGGCACCUUGCGAGUAAAAUGGGUUCAGAAUACUUGGCAAAGCUUCUCUCGAAACAUUUGGAGUCUGUGAUUAGAUCAAGAAUCCCAAGCAUUACUUCUUCAAUAAACAAAAACAUAGAUGAACUUGAAUCAGAGCUGGACCACCUUGGUAGGCCUAUUGCUCUUGAUGCAGGGGCUCAACUCUAUACUAUCUUGGAACUAUCUCGUGCCUUUUACAAGAUAUUUAAAGAGCAUCUAGAUGGAGGCCGACCAGGUGGUGAUAGAAUCUAUGGCGUUUUUGACCAUCAGCUUCCUGCAGCUUUGAGAAAACUUCCAUUUGACCGCCAUCUAUCUACACAGAACGUGAGGAAAAUUGUUUCAGAGGCAGAUGGUUACCAACCACACUUGAUUGCCCCCGAGCAAGGCUAUAGAAGGCUUAUAGAGGGAUCAUUGAAUUACUUUAGAGGCCCAGCUGAAGCUUCAGUAGAUGCAGUUCACUUUGUUCUGAAGGAACUUGUGAGGAAGUCAAUUGGUGAAUGCCAGGAGUUGAAGCGGUUCCCUAGUUUACAAAUCUCCAUAGCUGCAGCUUCUAACCAAGCCUUGGAAAGGUUCCGCGAGGAAAGUAGGAAGACAGUCGUUAGACUUGUUGAGAUGGAAGCUGCCUACCUUACAGCUGAUUUCUUCAGAAAACUGCCCCAGGAAGGGGAGAAAGAGGGAAGUGUGGGUGCAGCAGCAACAACAACAACAAUGGACCAUUAUACAGAAGGUCACUAUAGGAGGAUAGGGUCAAAUGUGUCGUCAUAUAUCAGCAUGGUAUCAGGUACGCUCAGGAACACAAUUCCCAAAGCAGUGGUUCACUGUCAAGUGAAAGAGGCCAAACAGUCUUUACUCAAUCACUUUUAUACCGUCGUCGGGGGUAAAGAGGUACUCUUUUCCUUAUAUACACUCCUCAACUUUGCUCUCACCCUUUAUCUCGCAUAGGUUCGAACACAACACUUCACAAGUUGAAAUCACUACUCUUCAAAAAACCAUUCUUUUGAAACGUAUCACUUUCAACUUAAUGAAGUAUUUUACAUUUAAGCCCAUUUUAUUUAGGUUCAUACAGACUGGUGUCUUCUUUAUGCCAUCUAAAUGCAAUCUUGCAUGCUGGGUACAUCAAAAAAGUGAGAAUAGCGUUGCUACAUGGGCACUAAGAGUGAAAAAAAACUAUAUUUUCAUUAAAAAAAAUACAGACAUUAUUUUGUUACAAAUGAAGUCCACAAGAUGAAUUUUGUUUAACUUGAACAAAGGAAAUGGGAAAGUGAGUAAGAUUGAUGAGUUAUUAGCGUUGUGGCUUAUCACUUGGUACAUGAAAGUGAAACUACAAGAUACAUUUUGAAAAAUUCAUAGGGAAAGGAUCUUGGAAAUUUGCUUGAUGAAGAUCCGGCAUUGAUGGAGAGGAGACAACAAUGUGCCAAGAGGCUCCAACUGUACAAGAAAGCUAGGGAUGAGUUUGAGGCUGUUUCUUAGGCUUCAUGAUAAAUAUGAAUGAAUUCACUAUUUUAAUUAGUACUUAAUCAUGCUUGUCAAAAUACUUAUGUUUGAAGUAUAGGCUAAUACCAUUAAAAAACCAGUUCAUUCAUACUAUUACUCAUGAAAAUGGUUACUAUUUAGAAAUACGAUUACUAUUUGGAAAU